AUGGCAGCAACGAGGGCGGCGGCGGCCACCUUUGUCUCCCCCUCCUCCUUCGGCCGCCGGAAUAUCGCAUGUUCCUCCUGUUCCUCUCUCCACCUGCGCCUCACAAUCCUGCCUCCCCGGUUCGCUCCUCUCGUCGCGCGCCCCACGAGGUUCCCUGCGGUGGCGGUGCCGUUGAAGCGCGGCGGAUGUGUACUUGCAGCUGCAUCGGCGGCAGGGGCAGGAAGCCCUCACUUCGGCAGUGGGGAGAAUGAUAACCCGUACGAGAUUUGGGCCAUCAGUCCGCUUGAUGGGUUCGACCAGGUGAAGAUGGCCUACAAGUGGCGUCGAAAGAACGCCGAGAACAGUGGUGAUGCUGCAUACUUGUUGAAGUUAGAGACGGCUUAUGAUACGAUCAUGAUGGAACAGGUGCAGAACCGGAAGAAAGGUGUGGCAUAUGGAUCAGUCCAGGUGUCAAAGGACAUCAAAUAUGCUGAUAAUCAACCAAUAGUUCCCUGGGGACCUAGAUACUCUAGAGCGACUGCAAAGGACCUCCAGAUAAAUAUGGCAAUAUCAGCAACAUUUAUCACGUGCAUAUUGACCAUGGGCCAUGCAGACUGGAAACCCUUGCAAUUUUUGUGUUUUGCUUAUUUCUAUCGAGUACUUGAGAAACUGAAGUCUACGGAGCCAGUAAUAACUCCUGUAUACAAUGAGUACGGUGAGGUUGAAGGCCGAGGUAUACAUAUGGCAAAGCGAGUGCUUCGUAGUUUGGGUUUGGUACUUGGAUCGAUAUUUGCUGCAUCCCUGGGUUAUACCGGACUGGCCAAUUUCUCCCAGUUUCUUGGUCACUAUAUUCCUUCUGUUGUUUAUAACUUCCAGGAGUUGAUUGUGACCACAGCUUCAUCCGUUCUGCUUUGCAUAUUGGCUACGUACUACCGAUAG